GCGCUGCUCUCGCAGACCUCGCCUCUGUGCGCCCUGGAGGAGCUCGCCAGCAAGACCUUUAAGGGGCUGGAGGUCAGCGUCCUGCAGGCAGCCGAAGGCCGAGACGGAAUGACCAUCUUUGGGCAACGGCAGACCCCCAAGAAGCGGCGAAAGUCGCGCACGGCCUUCACCAACCACCAGAUCUACGAGCUGGAGAAGCGCUUCCUCUACCAGAAGUACCUGUCCCCCGCCGACCGCGACCAAAUCGCGCAGCAGCUGGGCCUCACCAACGCUCAGGUCAUCACCUGGUUUCAGAAUCGGCGCGCCAAGCUCAAGCGGGACCUGGAGGAGAUGAAGGCCGACGUGGAGUCCGCCAAGAAACUGGGCCCCAGCGGGCAGAUGGACAUCGUGGCGCUGGCCGAACUGGAGCAGAACUCGGAGGCGGCGGGCGGCGGCGGCGGCGGCUGUGGCAGGGCCAAGUGGAGGCCUGGCUCUCCCGCACUCCCUCCAGGCGUUCCGCAGGCCCCAGGCGCGGGGCCCCUGCAACUCUCGCCCGCUUCCCCGCUCACGGACCAGCCUGCCAGCAGCCAGGACUGCUCGGAGGACGAGGAAGACGAAGAGAUCGACGUGGACGAUUGAGCAGAGCCCAGGAUCCUCUGCCGCCCAGGGCCCCGGAAGCCCGUAGGCCUGCAGCCUCCCGGACGGUCGGGACUGCGGAGGGGAGCUGGGACCUCCUCUGCAACUCCCGCCUUCUCCCCCGUCCCUGGCCCGGACUCGGCUCCCAGCAGCUGCCUCUUCCCUCUCGAAGCAAUAAACCCGGCUGGCCGGCCGCAGCGCAGGGCCUCCGCCGCCGGGAGCCCUCGCCGUGCAAUUCCGUAUGGCUUCUGUAUAAAUAUUUAAACCUAUAUAGCGGGUUCUCCCACCGCAGCCUGAUUUUUUUUUUUUAAAUCUCGGAGAUAUUCAUGUUUUCAAAGCUCCCAGGCUGCCGGGUUUGCUGAGAGCGAGGCGGAAGGAGGGUGACGGACACCGAACCUAGCGGUCUGGAGGAGGGGGCCGCGGGACAGUUUCGAUUUUCUCUGCAUGUGGCGAAUGCACCGGCCCUCUUCCUCCUCGCCUCCCCAGGCCUCUUGCAGUUGACUUCUUUUAUUUCCUUCUGCAUUUUCCCCGCGUGGGAAGGGGCUGAGGCGGGCAGCUGGGUCGUGACUUGCAAGUUUCAAAUUGAUCUUUUCUCCCCACCUCGAGAGAAGUCUGUUUUCUAUGCCAUUUCUGCCUCCCGAUGCCCACUAACGCUAUUUUUAAGAUUCUUCCCCACCCUCUCUUGGUUUCCUCGGACUGACGGCUGGGGUCCGGGUCUUGGGACAAAAUGGGAAAUCCAACCAACCAAGCAACCAACGAAAAAAUAACCCAAAGCCCUAGAAUUAUUUUUUACUCUUUUUAGAAUUUUUUUGCAUGUGACAGAGACUGAGAGGAGGCCAACCUCUGCCCUCACCCCACCUCCUCCACAGCUCUGGGUCUGUCUUGCCGCCUCCAGCGCCCUGCUCCCAGCUUGACUUGGCCAGACAAGGGUGACCAGAUGAGGGUGGGUCCCACGUGCCCCUUCCCUGCUCCUGCCCUGCCUUUUCAUCCCGGACUGUACCCAAGGCCUCUUUCUCCGAUAAAUAAAGUCU